CAACACUAAAGCACAUCACUUGCAGCAAUCCCACGAGCGAUGUGUCUGAACAAAGUGGUCAGAUCGGUAGCCGUUAUCGGCGGAGGUCCUGCUGGAAUUGCGUGUAUAAAUGAACUGGCACACGUCUCCACGAACCAUGUGUCAACGUUGGAACACAACAUCCGACCUGCGUCUCCGGCGUUCAACAAGAUUGUGUGCUUCGAGCAGAACAGCAAGAUCGGAGGCGUCUGGAACUACUUCGACACGCCGGAUCCGAAGCUACCCCCUUUAAGCAUCAUCAAGUCAGGGAAGUACAACAAGCCAGAUGAGAUCUACGAAAAGUCACCAAGUCCGACGGUACAGGACCUUGCCAAGGCCUCCUUCGAGCAUCCGUUUGUGCAAUUCUCGAAGAAAAGCUUUGAAGAAGAGCUGAAAUGGAGCAAGAACGCAGCAUACAAGGACCUGUUCACGAAUAUACCUGAGAAGUUCAUGAGGUUCUCCUACACUCCGUACCAGAACGUCAGUCGAGGAAAAUUUCUAGAUCCGCUUGUUUCUCUCACGGAUGUCAGAAAUUACCUUGAGUCCAUAGUAGUCAAAUACAACCUUGCAGAGUACUUCCGUUUGAACUCGAGCGUCGAAGCAGUAGAGAAAAACCCUGAGACUCACAAGUGGAGACUCACCAUAAGGCACAAAGCCCGGUACUCCAACAUCGAGCAGUGGUACACUGAGGAAUUUGAUGCUGUAGUCGUCGCCAAUGGCCACUGCAAUGUUCCCUUCAUCCCUAAGAUCGAAAAUCUCUCCGAAUUCGUUGCAAAAUAUCCAGAUGUCAUCAGGCACAGUAAGUCGUUUAGAAACGCCAGCGAUUACCAGCAUGGAAACGUGCUCUUGUGUGGGUCGGGAACGAGCUCAAUUGAUUUAACACAAUAUCUUUCGCCCGUUGCUAAAAGUGUCACUAUUUCCCAGCGCUCUGAAAGUGUCUAUGACUGGAUCAGAGACUGUUUCAAGCAAAGUCCAGAUAUCAAUUUCAAGCCAAGGAUCAGAAGACUUUUGCCUGAUUUCGGUGAGGUUGAGUUUGAGGACGGAACCGUCGGGAAGUACGACCACAUAAUCCUCUCCACAGGUUAUCACUACCAUUUCCCUUUCCUAGAUCCAAGUGACGAAUAUGUCAAGAUAUACAACGACAGCUACGAAUCUCAGAGCCCGAUCUCCAAAAUCGGGAACCUCUACUUGUAUACCUUUUCAACAAAGGACAACAGCAUAGCUACAAUUGGCAUCCCAACCACAGGGUUGAUGUUCCACACUAUGGAAUACUCAGCAGCUGCCAUUGCUGGUGUCUUUUCCGGUGCCAAGAAGCUUCCCGAUUUGAAAGAACAGAUUCGUUGGGAUGACAGCAGAACCAAGAUCGAUCAACCAGAGGUGCCGCACAGGUUUCAAGGAUUCUUCACAGAUAAGAUGGAAGAACAGUUGCUCAACCCACUGUUUGAUCUGGCUGCCGAAGGGAGAAGUGUUCCGUUAGCGAAAGACAAUUUGAACCCGAAAGAGGUGGAGGCCUCUAAUCCAGCUCUCGUAAAGGCGUACCAUGCGCUCAGAUCCGGGAAAUAUUCUGCCCAAGACUUGCUUAAAUAAGCACGCAGCAAGUUUUUAUACCUGUUACAUUUAGAUAAAUCAACAAUUAAAAAUGCACAAUCUACCGAAUCCUCAUUCAGAGACAUGUAAAGCUAAGGCUAUCGCUAUUUCUUAGCCUUUUUCCCGCUUUUACCGCUUUUCCCACUCUUAAGACUUGAUUUGUCCUUGGCAGCACCCGUUUUGUUGCCGUCCUUUCCAGCCAAUGACCUCUCGUUCACAUCGAACAUUUUAUUUGCCUUCGAGAUUUCUUUUGUCAAGGUCGAAAGAUCAUGCACCCUUCCGAGUUUAACAGGAUCCUUCCUCAAGGCAAACCUAAGAUCCGUUUCUUGAAACUUGUUCCUAUGCUGUAAACGUCUUACCUUGUUUGCCUCCAUGAUAACGUCGACGAGAUAGCUAGUCACCGCAUCUUCCAGCAUAUGAAUGGUCUCGAUAUUAGGGGUUUGCGAAUCCCCGUAUGCAAAAAGC